CACCACCGCCGGAGAGGGAACCAGGGUCCCGGGGGCCUUGAGGAGACCCUUCCUCGCCUGCCGCCUCGCUGCCCUUGUUUGCACAGCUUUGACCCCCCCCACGCCCACACAUCACGGGGCACUCAGCUGGCCGGAGCCCGACACGCCUCUCGCCGACUCGUUCCCCGUUGCCACCGGAGGGCCGCGCUCUGCGAGGGGCCUAGGGGUGGCGAAGCCGGCCAUGCUGUGUCCCUCCGAUAGCGAGAGCAGCUGCAGGAGCAGCCCCACCACCACUGCCUCGAGCCACGGGGACACGGACCUCGACGGGGAGGAGAAAACCUGCUCCGUGUGCGGGGACCGGGCCACUGGCUACCACUUCCACGUCAUGACCUGCGAGGGCUGCAAGGGCUUCUUUCGGCGGACGGUCAUCAAAGGAGUCCAGUUCACCUGCCCUUUCACCUGCAGCUGCACCAUCACCAAAGCCAAGCGACGCCAAUGCCAGGCCUGUCGCUACCAGAAAUGCCUGUCCGUGGGCAUGCGGAAAGACAUGAUCAUGUCGGAGGAGGCCUUGCGGCUGCGUCGGAAGCAGCGGCAGCAGAAGCAGCAGGGGGAUACGAGCCCCGUGGUGGCGUGGGAGCCUCUGGCGGAUCACAGCCUCAGCGCGGAGCAGGAGCAGCUGAUCGAGAUCCUCACCGAGGCCCACAAGAAAAACUUCGAUUCCAGCUUCUCCCAGUUCAGCCAUUACCAAGCUCCCGUGCGCCUGUACAUCCGCAGUCCGAGAUCCCGGAGUCCCCCCCUGGAUCACAUGGAGAGCUACCCGGAGGAGGUCUUGCCGGACGUGUUCUCCAUGCUGCCGCUCUUCGCCGACCUCAGCACCUUCAUGAUCCAGCAAGUGAUCCAGUUUGCCAAGGCCAUCCCAUCCUUCAGAAGUCUGCCCAUUGACGAUCAGAUCUCCCUCCUCAAAGGGGCCACCCUUGAGAUCUGCCAGAUCCAGUUCAACACCGUCUUCAAUGAAGAAACCAGUGCCUGGGAAUGCGGCCAGCACUGCUACACCAUCCAAGAUGGCGCCCUGGCCGGGUUCCAGCACAUCUACCUGGAGCCGCUCCUCAAGUUCCACAUCAGCCUGAGGAAGCUGCGUCUGCAUGAGGCCGAAUACGUCCUGCUACAAGCGCUGGUGCUCUUCUCCCCAGACCACGUGAAUGUCACUCAGCGAGAGGCGAUUGACGAGACCCAAGAGAAAAUCGCCCUCACUCUGAAAAGCUACAUCGACCAGCGACACCCUUUGCCCGGCGGCAGGUUCCUCUACGCCAAGCUGCUCUUGCUGCUGACGGAGCUGCGGACGCUGAAAGUCGAAAACACCCGCCAGAUCCUGCACAUCCACCACUUCCAGGACCUCAGCACCAUGACGCCCUUACUCUCCGAGAUCAUCAGCUGAGAGCCGGAGUUGGGAGGCUGCCUUCUUCUUCCCCCCCACCCCUCCGCUUCCAUCCUGACUGUCUGCGUUGCAAGCCUGCAAUGCAACUAGAAGCCGGUUCGGGGACCUCGGGUGGGAGGAGUCGCCUUUAUCUUGAACCCCAGGAGCUGGGAGGAGGAGGAGGAGGGGAUCUCCUGCGAAAUGGGGCGGCCUUCGCUGAACUGCAAAGACUUCCCCCCCCCCUCCAUCUGCUCUGAGCCCGCCUUUUCUAAUCCUCCUCCUUCUGCACAUCCCAGCUAGUAGCAGCCCUGUCCUGUCUAGGGGCUUCCUCCCUCCCACCCACCCCCCCACUCAAAAGCUGAUCCUGGCUUAGCCACUGCUGUCUGAUCCUCCCCGUGGCCAGCUCUGCCUGAUCCACUGAUCUUUCCUAAGCUCCCCAGUCCUGCCCUCUAAGCCCCAUUUAGGCUGCUGAGAUCAUGAAGGCAAAGCCCCCGGGGGGGCCCUGCCUCUUUCUCUCUCCCCACGUCCCACCCCACCCCACCCCACUUCAGGUGGUGAGAAAUUCAGGGUACUCUUUGCACUGCCCUGGUUUGCUGGAGCAGGAAGAAACCGGGAGAGCUGAGCUGUCUUUGGAAACAACCACCAAGUGAUUUGGCCAGUGGAGGAGGAGGAGGAGGCGGAUUCGCCGUUGGAGGAACGGACCAAAAGGAAAGCGAUGGUGAAAACAAAGCCAGCAAAACCGAACCAGCAGCUUUUCAGGAAUCGAUAUGUCUUGUGGUAGCAAGCAGGACUUGUCCCCGUAGCUAAAAGGGCCCGCCCUGGUUGCAUACGAAUGGGAGACUAGAAAUGCAAGAUAUUCCCCUCAGGGGGAUGGAGCUGCUCUGGGAAGAGCAUCUAGGCUCCAAGUUCCCUCCCUGGCAGCAUCUCCAAGAGAGGGCAGAGAGAGAUCCCUGCCUGCAACCUUGGAGAAGCUGCUGCCAGUCUGUGAAGACAAUACUGAGCUAGAUGGACCAAUAGAUAGAUAGGCACGGGAUUUCUGAGGGUUGGAAUCACAAGGAUUUCCCAUCACCUUCUGUACAAGACGGCAUCUUCUGUGUGCACUGGACAGGUUGGAGAUCUGCUUGAUGCAAGUUGUUGCACAGGAAUGAGAGGAAAUGGGUACACACACCCUUCCCGGUUCAUAGCACUUUAAAAGCAAAUUAAAGGACUGGUUUGGGUU